AUGUCGUCGAUGCCACUGCAACGUGGCAUCUCAGGAGGAGUACGAGUUUCCGACAGCAGUGAUGAUCUAAGAGACUCUCAGAUGAAAGACAAAUCAGAUUUGAUCAGAGGCCGUUCUACAGACAGCAACUUAACCUUGAGGUUCCCUUUUGCUUUCCUCUUUAACAACAACCAAUCUCCUUCCAAAACCGACGGUGAUCCAAGGAGCAGACACAGAUUGGUUCUCCUCUUUCUCAAGAUCAGUUUGGUUCUUAUCGUGGUUCUUGCCUUAGCCGGUUCCUUCUGGUGGACUAUCUCAAUCUCGGCGUCACCGAGAGGUGGUCCUGUGUAUCAUAACUACAGGAGGUUACAGCAGCAGCUUGUUUCGGAUUUGUUGGAUAUUGGUGAGAUCUCUGUUGGUCCCAGCAGGUGGAAAGAGUUGGAGUAUUGUGAUACGGAAGCUGAGAACUAUGUUCCUUGCUUUAAUGUCUCUGAGAAUCUUGCGUUGGGUUACACCAAUGGUGAUGAAACCGAUCGGUUUUGUGGGUCUGGUUUGAAACAUCAGAAGUGUUUGGUUUUGCCACCUGUGGAUUAUAAGGUUCCUCUUAGGUGGCCUACGGGUAAAGAUGUUAUAUGGUUUCGUAAUGUUAAGAUUACUGCUGAGGAAGUGUUGACUUCUGGUAGUAUCAACAAGAGGAUGAUGAUGAUGGAUGAUGAUCAGAUAUCUUUUCGUUCUGCGUCUCCUAUGUUUGAUGAGGUUGAAGACUAUUCACAUCAGAUUGCUCAAAUGAUUGGGAUUAAGAAUGAUAACUUCAUUGAAGCUGGUGUGAGAACUAUAUUGGAUAUUGGAUGUGGUUAUGGUAGCUUUGGAGCACAUCUACUCUCAAAACAGCUCUUAACCAUGUGCAUAGCAAACUAUGAAGCCUCAGGUAGCCAAGUUCAGCUAACACUUGAGAGGGAGGGGCUUCUCCUUGUGGAAGUGGACAGAGUUCUGAAGCCUGGAGGCUACUUUGUUUGGACAUCUCCCCUCACAAACGCUCGUAACAAAGAGGAUCUCAAGAGAUGGAACUUUGUUCAUGAUUUUGCUGAAAGCAUCUGUUGGACUCUUUUAUCUCAGCAAGACAAGACAGUUGUCUGGAAAAAGACAAUCAAAACCAAAUGUUACAGUGCCCGGAAACCUGGAGUGGGACCUUCUGUGUGCUCCAAAGGGCACGACGUUGAGUCUCCUUAUUACAAGCCACUUCAGAUGUGUCUUGGCGGAACACGUAGCCGGAGGUGGAUUCCCAUUGAAGGCAGGACAAGAUGGCCUAGCCGAUCUAACAUGAACAAGACUGAACUUUCACUAUACGGUCUUCACCAGGAGGAGGUUGGAGAAGAUGCAGCGAAUUGGAAGCUAAACGUAAGAGACUACUGGUCUCUCUUGUCUCCUCUGAUAUUCUCUGACCAUCCCAAGAGACCCGGAGAUGAAGAUCCUUCACCUCCUUAUAACAUGCUUAGAAACGUUUUGGACAUGAAUGCUCAGUUCGGUGGGCUCAACUCCGCGUUGUUGGAAGCAAAGAAAUCGGUUUGGGUCAUGAAUGUUGUCCCUACAGCUGGACCAAACCACCUCCCAAUGAUCCUUGACCGUGGCUUUGUCGGAGUUUUACACGACUGGUGUGAAGCAUUCCCGAGUUACCCGAGAACAUAUGAUCUGGUCCACGCAGACAACCUUUUGACUCUUCAGGAAAGUCAGCGCAGGAGUUCAUGUUCGCAUAUGCAAAUAUUGACAGAGAUUGAUAGAUUACUUCGUCCAGAGGGAUGGGUGAUAAUCCGUGACACGGCGCACCUGGUGGAAGCAGCCAGAGCUUUGACAACGCAGUUGAAGUGGGAAGCUAGAGUCAUAGAGGUUGAAAGCAGCAGUGAACAGAGACUUCUCAUCUGCCAAAAACCAGUCGCCAAGAGACAAUCAAUCUGA